AUGUGUCGGUGCACUGUAUGCGGCGCAGAUGGUACCAGUGGCCAGGGCGUCCGUCAUCCUCCCAUUCCUCCAAGAGGCAGUCUCAUGUGCUAUUCCUGCCUGAAAGUGAACCACCUCGAAGCUCAAAUCGCCGACACCAAAGCCUUCCUUGACCAUCUAGAGACCCAUCUUGAACUCCUCAAGUCCAACCACACACACGAUUAUUUCAGCCGCCGAUUCCCUCCCGAAAUUACCUCGCACAUCUUCACGUUCGCCAUCUCAGGCGAAUCGUCUCUCCGCGACCGUUAUAUAAGACCCCUAACUCUCGGUGCUGUGUCCAGGAGGUGGCGCCAGAUCGCGUGGUCCACGCCGAGUUUGUGGACGUAUGUCCCGGUAGACCUCAACAAGUUCGAGGAGUCGUUUCAGCCAGCGAAAGAAUUUCUCCUGCAGUGGCUCGGACGGACGGGGCAGCUUCCUCUUUUUAUCCGCAUCUGCUAUGACGAGUGGGAGUCGGAUAUUUCGCGCCACGUCACGAACUUCACCAAUGUCGUCGAGAUCAUCAACGAGUACUCCUCGCGCUGGGAGUACUUGAACGUCGGCAUGCCAUUCUCGCUAUUCCCCCGGCUCCGUUCAGCGUGCGACGAAGCCCCAAUGUUGAAGUUUCUGACUAUAGAACCUCCCCUCAGUAAUAGCGAAGGUGGUGCAACUGGACACAAAGGAGAAGUGUUUGACAUCUGUACCGUACCGCCGCUUCCGCAAGACGUGACAGUUGAAGACUUCCCGUUCACUUCAAUCCGAAUCGAUUGGUCUAAUGUCACAACGUUAAGAUUUGAAGGCAUCUCCGUCGUCGAUUGCCUCUGUCUGUUCCAGCAGGCUCCUUCGUUAUCUGAAAGCUCUCUCUAUGUUAUCAACGAUGACGGCAUCCUCGAACUCGAUGACCAAAUCAUCCUUCCCUGUUUGACGAAAUUGAAGAUCCGUCCUGACGAUCUGGACGCAGCGAACGAUUUCUUCGACAGUAUCACGCUUCCCGUAUUGAAGAGCCUUGAGUAUUACGCCUCCGACUUGCGGGAAUGUUUCGCUUUGGCGGACCUCCUGACUCGCUCAUCUUGUCCUCUCACCUAUCUCUCUAUCAAUUGUCCGAUCGAAGGCACUGAAAGGGAUCAAGGCUUUGUUCGAAUUCUACGGGCGAUUCCAACUCUCGAAGACCUCCAUCUCGACAUUACGUCUCUUCCGAGCGACUUCUUCCACUCCCUUUCUGCGCCUCCUAGCGGCGAAAUCUCCGACCGGCCUAUCUUGCUCCCUAAGCUCACGCGUUUAUCAUACGACGGCAAGCUAUCGUUCAACUGGUUCUCGUUCAUCAAAUGUGUCGAGUCGAGGCGAUCCAUCAGAGGAAACGACGGACGGCCUUUACUUUCCUCGAUUGACUUGAGGUUUACGGCCAUCGCGAAGGACUCGAAAUCUCCACCGUACUAUAUUAACGAGCUCGCCACUGCCCAUAUUUGCCGUUUGGUAGAACGUGGCGCAAACAUCGAGGUUUCCAACGGUGCAAGCGAUAUGCUCCAGUACUCCAGAGAGUAUCACGAGAAAAUCAGGUUCGGAGAGUAA